AAUUUUCCAUUUAUGCCCAUUCGGCGUUCUGUGCCACAUGAAAGGCCGUCUUCAGUGCCUUUCCCUCCGUUUUUCCGUUUUCUUUUCAUUGGUUCUCUAAAAUCCCUCGUCUUUCCUUAAAACUCGCUAAUUAAAUUUCUAAGAAAUUUCAAAAAAUUCCUAAUCCAAUUUCCACUCUCCCUUCCCAAUCCAUUCACCAUUUUCUUUAUGGUGUUAGGCUUGGAAUUUGUUUACGAAAUUGAUCAAAUGGCUUACAAGGUGGAUCACGAAUACGAUUAUCUCUUCAAGAUCGUUUUGAUCGGUGAUUCUGGCGUUGGAAAGUCCAACAUUCUCUCAAGGUUUACGCGGAACGAGUUCUGUUUGGAGUCCAAAUCCACAAUUGGAGUUGAAUUCGCUACGCGGACUUUGCAGGUAGAGGGGAAGACAGUGAAGGCCCAAAUAUGGGACACAGCAGGGCAAGAGAGAUACCGAGCCAUUACGAGUGCAUAUUACAGGGGAGCAGUGGGUGCACUUCUGGUAUAUGAUAUUACGAAGAGACAAACCUUUGACAAUGUCCAAAGAUGGCUACGCGAACUGAGAGACCAUGCGGAUUCCAACAUCGUGAUCAUGAUGGCCGGAAACAAGGCUGAUCUGAACCAUCUCCGGGCAGUUUCCGCGGAAGAUGCUCAGGUUUUGGCAGAGAAAGAAGGGCUGUCAUUUCUAGAGACCUCAGCCUUGGAGGCCUUGAAUGUGGAGAAGGCUUUUCAGACCAUUUUGCUCGACAUUUACCACAUCAUUAGCAAGAAAGCUUUGGCCGCUCAGGAAGCCGCUUCCACCCCCGGCAUCCCUCACGGCACCACCAUCAACGUCGCUAAUAUCUCAGGCAAUUACAACAAGAGAACUUGUUGCUCUAAUUGAUCUAGUGAUGAUGAUGAUGAUGAUGGUUUGAGGGAAACAAAACAAAGGGGGCUGGUGGUAGGAACUUAAAAGGAAGAGU